UUGGCGGUUUGUCCAGUUUACUGGGGCUUGCCAAAACUGUGAUGCAAACCAAGAUAGAUUGUAGUCUUGAUGGGUAGACAGGCUCCAGGACACGUUCGUGGUAGGCUGCGCUGAAAGACAGCAUUGCGCGGGGCGCAAUGUAGAGCACCCCGUCGACUUAGUUUGGACACGAACAAAGCCAGAUUUCACACGGUACCGGGCCACCUGUGGAGCUGUUGAAUUAUCUUUUGAAAUGGGUUUAAAACAUGCAGUGCCACUUCGCGAAUGGUUUGCAGUUCAGGACUCCUUGCUGUGCUGCUGAUGAUUCUGGAGUCGACCCGGCCAGGCCUUCCCUCCCCGCUGCGGCCCAUCUGUGACCUGCGGGUUCUGGACCGCUUCAUCAAGGAGGCCAGAGACACGGAGGCCACCAUGAGGGGAUGUAGAGAAGGCUGCAGUCUGGGGGAGCCACUCGCUGUCCCUCUGACCAGCGUCGACUUCGCCGUUUGGGAGAAGAAAGAUUUCGCAGAGCAGACCCAGGAGGUUCAGGCAGGCCUGUGGUUGUUGGGUCAGGCCGUCGGCUCGGCUCGGGCGUCGGUCACCGACGCAGCGCUACACAGCCUCAUAGACAGCAGCUCCAGGAACAUCUACAGCAUAGGACAGGUGCUGCACAGCCUGAACAUACAGGAAUACACCCCUUCGACAGGUAUGUCAGGGGGCGAGGACACAUGGCGUGUGUCCACCGUGUCGGAACUGUUUCAAGUUCAAACCAAUUUCCUGCGUGGGAAAGUGCGCCUCCUGCUGUCCACCGCCCCGGCCUGCAACAAGGAUGGCAGCUGAUUGGAGUUCUACAGGACAGGGAGCCAGCUGAUUGGAUCUCCCAAGAGCAGAGGGUGGGACAUGGACCCUGAUUAAUGCAGGGCAGAACUGGAGGAGAGGAAUGUGCUGACAAUGCUCAGGUGGAGAAGACACGGAAGGGCGAAUGGUGUAGUCCUCUUUGGAAAGAUGAAUGGGGAAGUCCUUACUGGAUGGACAAAUGGUCAUUGUUUUCUGCAAAAGAGGACAUGCACUACACUACAGUGCACAAACAGGAAAUGACCUUGUAGGGAGUGGGGGAGGUAGGGCAGUGCCUCCCAGAAUGCACUGCUCCAAAAACAGUUCCAAAAAUGCUCCCCCCACCCCGCUGUGCUGUGUGUGUAUAUGCGUGCGCUUAGGCGUGUGCACAUGUGUGUCUGCGUGCGUGUGGACCCACCAGCUGGGACCAAGUGGAAAUCCUGCAGUCCCAGGCUCUCUAUCCCACAAUGCACUGCACCUGCUGUCCAGUCAGCCAGCCUGUGCCUACUGAGAAAUUCACUCCCUGAAAUCUCCACCCUGACCUG